GUAGUACACACAUUUAGGUACAUUUCUGUAUUUAAGAGUCUUUGACGAACGGACAAAACUAUAGGCCGAGUAUGAGGUGGAUUUACGAUAUUUGAGUCCACAACUCCUUGUGGACCUGUUAAAAUCCUGAAAUGGAAUUCAUCUACAUUUUUGUCAACCCAGAAAGCGGUGGGAAAAGCGCAUAUAAUUUCAUUGAGCCAUGCGUCGAUGAACUGAAAUUCUCAAAACCAGUUCCACACAUUAUCAGAAUAUACUCCAUCUUUGAAGGAGAAUCCGGGAAUAAACCCGGGUUUAUACACUUGAAGAAGCUUGUAUCGGAAAAGAGAGCAGAUGACGGAAUCAAGGUGAUCAUUGCAGGUGGAGACGGAAGUCUCACAUGGGUCAUUUCAGAAGUCGAAAAACAUGGCAUCAGCACGGAAGAUAUCGUGUUUGGAAUCGUUCCAUACGGAACAGGCAAUGAUUUUGCAAGGGCCGUAAAAUGGAACAAGUUCCAUAAUUUAAAGCCAUUUGUGGAUAAUCUGAGACCACUCCGUGGACUGGUGGAAAAAAUUUUGAACGCUGAGUGUGCAGCUCAUGACUUUUGGCAUAUUUUAAUCACUGUUGAGCCCGAAGGGUCAUUUAAUCAGAUUAAUUCAAAUACCAGAACCAAGCAAACCGUCUUUGACAUAAACGGAGAUGAAGUUAAAAAGAUGGAGUUUAUGAUGGGAAACUACUUUAGUAUUGGAACUGAAAGUAGGAUUGGAAGAGGUUUUGAUAGGAGAAGAUCAUUUUCCACAGGCAUGAACAAAUUUCGAUAUCUAAUGGAGGGAAUUAAACGUUCAGUAUUGGGACAAGUAUUUGUUGACAAACAAAUUGAUAAAAUGCUUACUGGGGAGCUUUAUAACGACAUUGUGUUUGUUACAGAGAAGAAUGAUGAAAAUGUUCCUGUACUACCAAAAACAGUCUCUUUUAUCGCCACAAAUAUACCCAGUUUUGCAGCCGGAGUAGAUUGUUUCAAAGGAAAACAUCUAGGUCUAAGUAAUCUCUCAAAGGGAGAAUCUUCAAAGUUAUUUCAAGCCAGCCAAAGAAUGGGAGACGGUCAACUGGAAUUCACAUGUUAUAAGGCAGUUAGCCAUAUGGCGCUGGAUUUGCUUGCGUCUGGUCACUCUCGCAGGGUCCAUGUGGGAAAGGGACCUUGGAAGAUUGUUUUCAAGCAGUUGUCUCCCGCUGAAAAGACAUACUUUCAGAUUGAUGGAGAGUUCUUUGUAAUGUUUCAACCAAAGGAAGUGGAAAUUAAACACGUUAAAACAAUACGAGUUUUAGUAUAG